AUGUUUACGCGAAGUGAUGGGCCUUCACCAACAGCCGAAGAAUAUGAAUUGGUAGAUGCACAAGAUUUCCAUGAAGACUUAGAAGCAGGAGACAUAACAACCCAAGCAGGAAGUUCAUCUGAAGAACCGCUUACACGACUGCGCUCCUCAGCUGAUUCGGAUUCUUCCGACAUCUUUCAAGAUAUCAGCAAUUAUGCAUCCAAACAAUCACUUGAAAUUGACGAUUUUCAUACGAGCCCAACGUUUCAAUCAAUAUAUAUGCGAUAUAAGAAACAAGGCUUCAGUCGAAAGUUUUGUAUAAUAUUUGGUCUUGUAAUACUAAUCCUGUGGAUUGGUAGUGUCUUGCUAUAUUCACAACUUCCACCGCUGCAAUUAGUAUCGAAAUUUAAAUGGCAAACUGAUGUUACUGUAAGUGGACAAAACAUAACUUUGAAUGAGUAUAGUCCAAAUUAUAAGAAUAUAACAAUAGGCAGUGUAUUAUCAGGUAAAUAUGCCACAUUUAUGGAAUAUGUCAGAUGGUUACUGCCAAAACAGUAUCCAAAAACAAAUGAACAAACUGGUGGAUAUUAUAUGACAAUGGACCCAAAGGGAGAACUUGUACUUAAGAAUAUUAAUAAUGAGAAAUAUAGCUUAAGAGUAGUAGAGUCCCGCCAGUUCAGUUAUAGAAACAAUUAUUUCAUUAUACAGGAUAUCAUCUUGAAUCCAGCCAAACCAAUCAAUGAUCCAAAUACCAUCCAUAUUUUAAUUACAGAUAGACUAGCACAAUGGAGACAUCUGUCAUUUGCACUUUAUUGGCUAUAUAAUCCUGCCACAUCCAAUUAUACCCCAAUACAACCUCCAGAAAUUAGAGAUAGGUUGGAACACGAAGAUGAAAUUUGGAAAGAACCGGCAUCACUUGAAAAACUACACUAUGCUGAAUUCUCCCCAAAUGGGAAAUAUAUAGUAUUUGGAUUCAAUCAUGAUUUAUAUAUCCAAAACCUAUCAACUAAUGAAAUUCAUCAAAUAACAAAUGAUGGUUCUCCCGACAUUUUCAACGGGAAAACCGAUUGGGUAUAUGAAGAAGAAGCAAUUCCCAAAGAUCGAUUAAUAUGGUGGUCACCAGAUGAAAAAAAUCUCAUAUUUGCAAAGAUAAAUGAUACAUUAGUUCAAGAAUAUGAAUUAGAUUAUUAUGUAAAAGAGAAUACCGAAAUUGGAACUCAAUAUCAACAACUGGAUCAAGAGAAAGUUGAAAAUGUAAAUCAAUACCCGAUAAAGACUUCCAUCAAAUAUCCGAAACCAGGGACUCAUAAUCCAAUCAUAUCGCUAUAUAAUUACAAUCCAGAAACGCAUUCAGUUACAGAAUUCAUAGAUGGAGAUAAGUCCUUAGGAGUGGAUUAUAUUCUUUAUGAUGCAAAUUGGAUAGAUAAUAAUAAUUUCCUAAUGAAACAAACAGAUAGAACAAGUUCGAUACUCUCCAAGAAAUUAUACAAACCAUCUGAGGGUAAGGUACAUGUUAUUGAAUCUACGAAUGUUUCUGAAUCUGGACAAUGGGUUGAAAAAAUGCAACCAGUAACCGUCAUACCCAAAAACAAUAAUGAUCGUGAUGAUGAUGAUGAUGAUGAUGAUGAUGAUGACGACAAGUCUGGAGCCUCGUAUAUUGAUAGAGUUGUGAUAGAUGGAAGAAUCAAAUUGGCUUUACGUAAAGGUGCAGAUGCAGGAAAUCCCACAUCAAUAUUAACAAAUAAUGAAGAUUGGGAUGUGAUUGCUGAUUCUCCUGUCGUAUAUGAUGCCCAGGAGAACUUUGUGUAUUUCUUGGGUACCAUCAGAAGCUCGAUGGAUGCACAUCUUUUAGGGAUCGAUUUAGGAAAUCACAACCAGUUGAUAACUAUCACCGAUAUGGACAAAGAUGGAUUGUAUGAGGUUCACUUUUCUCCAGAUGGUCAAUAUUUGAAUUUAUUAUAUAAAGGACCAAACCAACCCUGGCAGAGAUUGAUUAAUAUGGGAGAUAUACAUGAUUAUCUCAAAACCGAAGGAGUUGAUCCUAAGAAAGUCCAACAAGAAAUUAUUUCCGAAGCACCAAUAAUCAAUCCAUAUGAUGAAACCAAAUCCGCCCUCAAGGGAAUCAAUUUCCCCACCGUCACAUUCAAAGAAAUCAAAAUUGAUCAGGAUCCAAAUACCAAACAACCCAUAAAAUUGAAUGUUAAAGAAGUACUCCCUCCCAAUUUCAAUACCACAUCCGGCAAGAAAUAUCCAAUUUUAGUUCAGGUAUAUGGAGGUCCUGGGUCACAGUCUGUAUUCAAAUCAUUUGAAAUUGGGUUUUUAGAAGCCGCUAGUGCACAAUUAGAUGCGAUUGUCCUAUUUGUAGAACCUAGAGGCACGGGAGGGAAAGGAUGGAAAUUUAAAUCAUUUGCCAAGGAUCGAAUUGGAUAUUAUGAACCACGCGAUUUAUCAGUAUUAGUCUCGGAAUAUAUUGCUGCGAAUAAUAAAUUUGUUAAUAAAGAAAAAGUAGCAAUUUGGGGUUGGUCAUAUGGAGGAUUUUCGACAUUAAAGACAUUAGAAUAUGAUAAAGGGAAAACAUUUAAAUAUGGAAUGGCAGUUGCUCCGGUUACAAAUUGGUUAUUUUAUGAUUCCAUAUAUGCUGAAAGAUAUAUGAAUAAUCCAAAAACCAAUCCCGAUUAUGCCAAAUAUGCCAAAACCAAUGAUAUUGAGAGUUUUAAAUCGAUCAAAAGGUUUCUUAUAAUGCAUGGUACUGGAGAUGAUAAUGNAAUGAUAUUGAGAGUUUUAAAUCGAUCAAAAGGUUUCUUAUAA